UGCUUCCGGCGGAAGUGCCGCGCGCCGCAGCCUUGUGUGUCGGCUGCCCCUCGCGAGCCUUUCGGCAGCCUCAUUCCCUGCCGCAACCGUCGCGCGGCGCGUGAGGAGGGAGGGAGGGAGCAAGAAGUCGGAGCCGCUGCCGGCGCUACGCGGAGCCUCCUCCUUCUUCGCCGGCGGCGGGUUGUCUGUCAUCCCGGCUUCCCUCCCCCCCCCCGACCCUCUCUCUGAGGCGGCAGCGCUGACGGUUCGCCUCCGGGCGCCUGAAGGGAUGUUGUGGCGGAGGCGGCGCCGGUGGUCGCCGUUGCUGUAGUGACGCGGGCGGCUGUGGAGGAGCCGCCCGGGGCGGGACGACGAGGGGGUGGCCGCUUCCCGCCGAGGCUCCCGUGUCGCUCUCGGUCCCGUUCCUGGCAACCUCGGCGCGGGGCGGCAGUUGGGCCGCCCCUGCCGUCUCCGGCCCGGAGCCCUUCCCCUUCGAGGAGGCGCUGCCUGGGCGGCCUUUGACGGGGCUUCCCCGCCAUGGCUUCUUCCUCCGGGAACGACGACGACCUGACCAUCCCCCGCGCCGCCAUCAACAAGAUGAUCAAGGAGACGCUGCCCAACGUGCGGGUGGCCAACGACGCCCGGGAGCUGGUGGUCAACUGCUGCACCGAGUUCAUCCACCUCAUCUCCUCCGAGGCCAACGAGAUCUGCAACAAGUCGGAGAAGAAAACCAUCUCCCCGGAGCACGUCAUCCAAGCACUUGAAAGCUUAGGUUUUGGCUCCUACAUCAGUGAGGUAAAAGAAGUUUUACAAGAAUGCAAAACCGUAGCACUAAAGCGAAGAAGGGCUAAUAAUCGUUUGGAAAAUCUUGGCAUUCCUGAAGAAGAGCUCCUAAGGCAGCAACAAGAGUUAUUUGCAAAAGCUAGACAGCAGCAGGCAGAGCUAGCCCAGCAGGAAUGGCUACAAAUGCAGCAAGCGGCCCAACAAGCACAGCUUGCUGCUGCCUCGGCCAGUGCAUCCAACCAGGCAGGCUCUUCUCAAGAUGAAGAUGAUGAGGACGACAUCUGAUAUCUUUUGGGCUGAGUUUCAGUCCCCGCAAGGAAAUAGUUUUCGCUGGUUUUGCUGUGCAGGACAUGAAUGCUUACCCGUAACUUUUGUCUGCAUCUUGGACCGGCCGUUGGUAUUUUAGGGAUGUCUGCUGUUGUGUGCUGUACAUGUCGAAACUGUCUCUUUGAACUCUUGAAGACUUAAGGUUCAGUAUCAUAUCAACUUUGGAUUUUUAAUGGUGUUUAUGGAAAUUUUAGAUAGCAGUGUGUCACUUAUUUGAUCAACAAACAGUGUUACAAUAAAGUUUAUAAAAUAUAGCAAAAUUUAUACAGAGGCUCUAAAUUCACAUUUGCAUUUCUCUUCCCUUUUAACCAUAGAAUCUUCUGUAGAAAUUUUUAAUUUGGGUUUUGUUUUGGUUUAUUGGAACGGAGCAGCCAAGCAAAGGGUUCGGCAUAAUUGAAUUCUUUAUCUUCAAAAACGAUAUAUAUAUGGCAAUAUAUACUCUGUGCUCAUAUACCACCAAUCUUGAAAAAUGAUACGUUUUUGCCAAACUAGGAAAAUAUAUGUUUAAUAGUUGUACAGAUUGAAUUUCUUUUGUAUAGAGGUGAAAACAAACCCAAUACUUUAUUAUGUCAUCAAUUCAGUGUCAUGAGCAACAUUAAUAUUUCAUUUCAAAUAUUGUCUGCUUUGAAGAAUUAAAUCUGUUCCUGUUUCACAGCCAUUUAAUUUUAACUUUAGGUGGUAUUAACAUGCAUCGUGCAUGUUCCAAGUGUUCAAAUGGAGUUUGGUGGAACAGAGUUGUUUUAAUUCUGUUUUGACUCAGAAUGCUGAAAUAGUCAGGCCUAUGAAAGCAAAUAUUGGAACUAAUAAGCAUGCUUGCAAUGAGAGGAAUCUUCAUUUAACUCCAAUGUACUUUUUUUUUGUCAGCACAAUAUUAACACGACGUUUUCAAGACUAGUGUACCAAUAGAGAAGUUUUAUCUGUGAAACUGGCUGCUUCUACAUUAGAAACUAGUAGGGUACUAGUUCUAAGUGUUGCAAUUCCAAGUUCAGUUUGGUGACUGAGCCCCAAGACUGACCAACAAGACCUAAUUAUUCUGGGGCAUUAUAGGUGUGGAUUUUAUAUAUAUAACAAUGCUUAGAUUGUUAUUUGUGUUGAUAAUAAGGAACAACAGAGUCCUUUUUAGAAUCUGAAAAUAUACUUGAAGAUACAUCAGCAUAUUUUUCUGGUCCUUGCUUGCAGGGAGGUAGAAUCUCAUGCAUUGCAUAUUAAUGCAUCAUGCAACAUUACCAAGACUGCAAUUUUUAAAAAAACUUUCUAGCACAGCCUUGAUGGCUAUAGAAAUUUAUGCAAGAGCUGAGAAUGAAUGGAGAAAGUCUUGUCUCUGAAGCAGAGAGCCAAACUGAGAAUCAAACUACGAUCUUGAAUUGCAGUUAGCUGAGUUUUAUGGAGCUUCACCUGAAAUAACUUGCACCCUUAUUUAUACACUGGUAGCCGAGAGAUAAAUUAGUUUGAAUGUUAAGCUGAAACACAUUUGUGGGUUCAGCAGGAAAAGUAUUGGGGCAAAAUCUGGUGAAAGAUUGUCUUCAUUAAGGUCGAAGUACAAAGGUAGAAACACUAGGCUAGUAAAACCAAGUUAAUGUGCAGUGUUGGCUUUUCUAAUUUGUACUGUAACACCCUUGCCCUUCCUAUUUGAAAUAAGUCUUCUUCUUUUUUUAAAGAAAGAUAUACAUUUUCACACUUCUUUUCUGAUGCAGAAUUCAGGUUAAUAUUUUACUGCAUCUGGUAUGUAUCAUAAUAUGUUUGAAUCCCUGUGACCUUUCCUUUGGACAUUCUUGUGCUUUUUCAUAUGCUGUAUUCCUCAAGCAAUAAAAUUCAAAUGUGUUUUUAUA